CAGAAGCAUACACUAAGCUAUCUCCCGCCGCCAAGCCGCCCGACUUCCACCAACCCAGCGCGCCCGUCAAUGCUGCAUUUCCCACAAGUCCGGUCGAGAUGAGGUCGUUAGCCUUCGCCCUGAGCUGCGUUGCAGCUCUCCUGUCCCCCGCCGCCGCCGCCGUCGAGCACUACAACAGCUCCGACGCCCUCUCCUCCAAGCAGAUCCUCCCCAGCAACUUCAAGCCUCCCCAGGUCUUCCGCAACAACAACCUCGUCCGCAAUGUCAACCUGGAGAAGAGCUAUCCCCGGGAAACAAUCAAUGUCAUCAUUGAGAAUGUCGACAAGGCUCCGCAGUCUGAGUACUACCUGCCCUUCGAGUCGGGCUUGAUUUCACGCAUCGGAGGCCUGGAGGUCAGGGACAAGAAGGACGCGCAGAAGGCGCCUUUCAAGGUCGAGGUCGUCGAGUAUGACACCGAGAGCACGACCGAGUUCUACCUGAUCCGCCUGCCGGAGCCGCUCAAGCCCUCGGCGCAACUGACCAUCAGCAUCUCCUACACCAUCCUGUCGGCCCUGAGGCCGCUGCCCGCGACGAUUGAGCAGCGCGACAAGCAAUACGUCCAGUACGCCUUCAGUGCCUACGCGCCGUCGGCCUACACGACGCUGAAGCAGAAGACGAAGCUCAAGUUCCCCAGCGCCGACGUGCCGGACUACACGGUGCUGCCGGCGAGCAACGCGGACCAGGCCGAGGACCCGACGCGGCAGGGCAGCACCUUUACGUACGGGCCGUACAACGAGGUGCCGGCCGGCGCCGAGGAGCCGGUGGCGGUGCGGUACGAGUUCACCAAGCCGCUGACGCACGCGACGCGCCUGGAGCGCGACAUUGAGAUCAGCCACUGGGGCGGCAACCUGGCGACCGAGGAGCGGUACUGGCUGACGAACCAGGGCGCGCAGCUCAAGAACCAGUUCAGCCGCGUGCAGUGGCAGAUAACGCAGUACAUGAACCCGGUGACGUCUGCGCUCAAGGAGCUGCAGGUGCCGCUGCACCCGGGCGCCGCAAACCCCUACUUCACCGACGACAUUGGCAACGUGUCGACGAGCAAGUUCCGCAGCUCUGCGCGCGAGGCCCACCUCGAGCUCAAGCCGCGCUACCCCGUCUUCGGCGGGUGGAAGUACAACUUCCGCGUCGGCUGGGACGCCGAGCUCAGCCGCUUCCUGCGCAAGCUCAAGACGGGCGACGGCUACGCCCUCAAGGUGCCCUUCCUCGAGGGCCCGCGCAUGCCCGAGGGCGUCGAGUACGAGCGCGUCGAGCUGCGCGUCAUCCUGCCCGAGGGCGCCACCAACGUCAGGUUCGAGACCAGCGUGCCCGUCGUCGCGCACGAGGUCUCGCUGCACAAGACGUUCAUGGACACGCUGGGCCGCACGACGCUGAAGCUGACGGCACUGAACGUCGUCGACGAGUGGCGCGGCCGCGACCUGAUUAUCACGUACGACUACCCUUGGACCGAGGCCUUCCGCAAGCCUCUGACCAUCUUCCUCGGCAUGCUCACUGUCUUCACGGCCGCGUGGGCCCUGGGCAGCAUCGACACGAGCAUUGGCGGCCGGCAGAAGGCGAAGGCGAAGGCGUGAGCCGGAGGCGUUAGCCGUAGGUGUUAGUCGUAUACGUAAGUUAAAGGCGUUAAGCUGUAAAAGCGUAGACGACACUUUUGCUGCGUCGUUUAUUUGGUUGUUUGUGUGUUGUGUGUUGUGUGUUGAGCAUUGCGAGCUAUAAAAAUACCUACACAUGUAUGUUUGCUUCCUCAGCGGUCUACUGCAUUCCAGUGUGUGUGUGCGUGCCGUUGUUUAUUCGUUUGUCUAUCUAAUGCAC